GUUGGAAUAUUUUACUAUUUGCCAGCGUGUUUAUAUUCAAUUUACAAAAAUAAAACUCGUCAAUUUCCUUGAAAAUGUUGGAAGUUUCUGUGCUUAAUUUAUCCAUUCUACUUAGUGUUAUGAUUUCACUAGCAAUAAUAAUAAUCCUCAUAUACGCAUACACAGGAACUAGAAAACCGAAUGUAAAACGCUAUGAUUCCGAGAGAAAAUAUAUUGAUCCAGCGAAUGACAAUAAAGUUUUAGAAUUUCCUAGCUUAGAAGACCCACCUACCAAAGAACUAUCAGUAAUCAUACCGGCAUACAACGAAGAGAAGAGAUUACCGAAAAUGAUCGAAGAGGCAAUGGAGUAUCUGAAUAAAAAAUUCGCAAAUGCAGAUGAAAAGUCUGGCUUUGAAAUAAUAGUCGUUGAUGACGGAAGCUCGGAUAAAACUACAAACAUUGCAAGAUCUUAUAGCAAAAAAUACGGAACAGAUAAAUUUCGUGUUCUAACACUCGUUGAAAAUAGAGGAAAAGGUGGCGCAAUUAGAAUGGGGGCAUUCGUAUCUAGGGGGCGCUACAUACUCUUUGCUGACGCCGAUGGCGCAACAAAAUUUUCUGAUAUACAAAAAUUAGAUAAAUUAAUUAGAGAAAUUCAAACAAAACAUAAAGAGGAAAUGGCUAUAGCAUGCGGUUCUAGAGCUCAUUUAGAGAAGGAGGCAAUAGCAUCGCGUUCCUUUUUUAGAACUAUACUCAUGAAAGGAUUUCACCUGAUUGUAUGGCUUUUUUGCGUCAAAUCCAUAAAAGAUACCCAAUGCGGAUUUAAAUUAUUGACAAGACCUGCAGCCAGUGUAUUAUUUAGGAUAAUGCAUGUAGAUAGAUGGGCGUUCGAUGUUGAUCUUUUACACGUUGCCGAACAAUUACGUAUACCUAUUGACGAAGUUCCAGUAACUUGGACAGAGAUUGAAGGAUCUAAAAUUGUUCCGAUCUUUAGUUGGUUACAAAUGGGUAAAGAUAUCGUAGCAAUCCGAUUAAGGUAUAGCCUAGGAGUGUGGAAAAUUUUACCAAUCGAUUUCAAUGAAAUCCGCCGUAGAUCUUAG